ACACUUUACUAUUACGGGUUAAAAUAGGGCACGUUGUUUAUUUACUUCCUAACGUAACAGUUUAAACAAAAAUUGCAAAUAUGUUGUUUUUGAGUGUUUGUUGGUUAAUUGCGAUGCUUGCAAUCAUUUUUGGGUACAUUUUGGUGUUGUCAAAAUCCAUCCUUAUUCCAACACUUUAUCUAUUCGGAAAAGGCCGUGGAUUAACAGGCUAUGGACUACACCAAGACGAACAUUCAUUUUAUCUCGUACCAAAAAGGUGGUUCAGUCAUUUUUAUUUUUGUGGAAUAAUAUGUAACAGUUUAGUGAUGUUGGCAACCAUACACACAUAUCUGUAUAGCGGAACCUGGCCAUCAGCUAUCAAAUAUAUCAUGGACAUGUUAGGACAUACUGAAUCAGGUCAGAUUUCUCCAUUAUCAGUGCUAUUAGCAGUUACCAUGAUAGAGAUACAAGUAGUCAGAAGAUUUAUAGAAUGUGUCUAUGUCAGCAGUUAUUCACGCAGUACGAUGAGCUUAGUCAUAUACAUUGUUGGUUUAAUGUUCUAUGCUUUUGUUGGCAUUUCUGUAUUGUGUCAGGCUCCAGAAACUAAGAUAAAGCUUGAUACUUUACCAAUACAGUGGUUUGACACUUUAGCUGUUGCCAUAUUUAUUUGGGCAAGCUAUAAACAGAAUAGAAUCAACAAGAUAUUUGCCAAAUUGAGACAGGACAAAAGUGGCCAUGUGGAAGACCGUGCCCAUCACAUACCUCAUGGAGAUUUAUUUAGACUGGUUUCAUGUCCACAUUACCUCUUAGAAAUCAUCAUCUACACCUCCCUGAACAUAUUGUUUCUUGGUCAACACGAGAUAUUACUAUACGCUUGGGCAUUUGUUGUAUGUAAUCAAGUCAUUUCUGCUAUCAUCACACAUUCAUGGUACAAGGAACACUUCCCAAGUUAUCCACCAGAAAGAAAAGCAUUAAUUCCGUACAUUUUUUAAUUUCUUUUUUUCUCACUUAAUGAAAUAUUUUGUGUUCUUUACAAUAUUAGUAUUAUCAAAUUGUGCCUGGAUAAAUAACUUUUCAUCAUAGUAUUACAUGCUCCGCAAUCAUGGUAUUUAUGAUGAGCGAAUGUACAUAUUUGUUAUCCUUUUUUCAAAUAGAUAUUUGAAGUUUGAUUAUAUAUGUUGUAUAAUAAUUACAUUUUGUUGUUUAAUGUGUUUUGUAGAAAACAUAAUUUAACUAUUAAAGUUUAUGUAUUUCUUA